GCAUUUGCAUCAAGUGUGGGCUUGGCAUCUACGGAGCGAGGCAGGCGUGCCAGGCCAUGGGGAGCCUGUACCACACCGACUGCUUCACCUGUGACUCCUGUGGGCGCCGGCUCCGCGGGAAGGCCUUCUACAGCGUGGGCGAGAAGGUGUACUGCCAGGAGGACUUCCUGUACUCCGGGUUCCAGCAAACGGCUGACAAGUGCAGCGUGUGUGGACACCUCAUCAUGGAGAUGAUCCUGCAGGCCCUGGGCAAGUCCUACCACCCGGGCUGCUUCCGGUGCUCCGUGUGCAACGAGUGCCUGGACGGGUGCCCUUCACGGUGGAGCGCGGAGAGCAACAUCUACUGAGUCAGGGACUACCACACGGUUUUCGCACCAAAAUGUGCCUCCUGUGCCCGUCCUAUCCUCCCUGCACAGGGCUGUGCGACCAUCCGUGUGGUGUCCAUGGACAGGGACUACCAUGUGGAGUGUUACCACUGUGAGGACUGCGGGCUGCAGCUGAGCGGGGAGGGACGCCGCUGCUACCCCCUGGAGGGCCACCUGCUGUGCCGCCGCUGCCACCUGCGGCGCCUCCGGCUGGGCCCGCUGCCCUCGCCCGCAGUGCACGUCACAGAGCUCUGAGCAGGGCUGUGGAGGAAGGGCUGGCCGGGGCCCAGGUCCCU